AGAGAUGCACUCGAGAGACGUUGGUUACCUAAUUUGACCGGAGUGGCGCGCGUAUCCGCCUCGGACCAAUCCACGAGAAGCUAACUCGCGCGCCGCCAUUAGUUCUACGCCCGUGGCCCACGGCAAGUUCACUGACUCGGUGUGUUCACUCCAUGCUCGCAAACGCAGCACAGAAAGCAAGCGCCCUGCACUCGCAAUGGCAACUUCGGUGAAAUUGAACACGGGGGCUGAUAUGCCCAUCGUCGGGCUGGGAACAUGGAAGUCUCCACCGGGUAAAGUUGCUGAAGCGGUGAAGGCUGCCAUCUCCGCCGGGUACCGUCACAUCGAUGCCGCAUACGUCUAUCAGAACGAGACGGAGGUGGGCGAGGGGAUCCAGGCCAUGCUCAAGGACGGAGUGGUGAAGAGAGAAGAGCUCUUCGUCGUCAGCAAGCUGUGGUGUACCUUCCAUGACAAGGCAGCGGUGAAGGGGGCGUGUCAGAAGACACUGAGUGACCUGAAGCUGGACUAUCUGGAUCUCUACCUGGUGCACUGGCCAAUGGGAUUCAAGGCUGGUUCUGAGUUGAUCCCACUGGACAGUGAGGGUUUGACCAUAAAUGAUGAAACCAACUUCCUAGACACCUGGGAGGCUAUGGAGGAGCUUGUUGAUUGUGGUCUGGUGAAAGCUAUCGGAGUUUCCAACUUCAAUCGCCCACAACUGGAGUCGCUGUUCAACAAGCCUGGACUUAAACACAAGCCUGCUAACAACCAGGUCGAGUGUCACCCCUACCUGACGCAGGACAAGUUGAUCAGCUAUUGCCAAUCACAGGGGGUCACUCUCACCGCAUACAGCCCCCUGGGGUCCCCAGACAGGCCAUGGGCAAAGCCAGAGGACCCAUCUCUUCUGGAAGACCCCAACAUCAAAGCCAUCGCUCAGAAGCACAACAAAACCUCAGCACAGGUUCUGAUCCGCUUUCACGUCCAGAGGAACGUGAUUGUCAUUCCCAAGUCCAUCACUCCACACCGCAUCGCUGAGAACUUCCAGGUGUUUGAUUUCCAGUUGAGUGAUGAGGAGAUGAAGACAGUUCUGGGCUUCAACAGGGGAUUCAGGGUCUGUCCAAUGCAGUGGGCGGUGAAGCAUAAGGACUACCCAUUCAAUGUUGAGUACUGAAGACCCUGAACUCAAGCAGUACUGCCUGCACCACACACACACACACACACACACUCCAGUUACAACCUUACAAGUCCUGGUGUGUGUUUGAUGAGAGAUUGGCGCACACAUUCACAUACAUGAUGCUGUCCUGUUGCGUUUCUUUGGUUCGUCACCAAAUCUUCAGACUUGUUUAACUCGUUACCAAAAUGAAAAUACUGAGUCAUGUCAGCUAAUGGAGGGAGAGUUACUUGUGUUGAAAAGUCUUGCUUUCUUAAACUGCUUACCAUGUACGUAUAAGAAUGAGUUACUGUUGUUAGCUUGUGAGGGUGUGUUUGUGUGUCUCCAGAUUUGUUUUACUCUAUACCAAACUGAAAAUGCUGAGUCAGUCACAUGAACCAAAGGAGGAAGAGUUACUUGUGUUGAAAUGUCUUGUUUUUUCAAACUGCUUUGUCAUGCCUACCAAUUUGUGAGGGUGGGUGUGUCUGUUUGUGUGCCCACUAGGUCAAGAACUGAGUGUGUUAAAGGUGGUCAUACAGGUUAACCAUCACUGAUGACAUGACACAUUUAUGUCUCAAGCACUUAAGAUAUGUAUACAGUUUGAAAAAUUAUCUGAAAUGGUGUCUGAAAUAGUCUGUGUAUUAACAUUGAGUGAUGUCACAUUGGGGACUCCCCCUAGCAGGGAGGCUAUGGAAUCUUGGGACUUUUUCAUAUAAUGUAAUAUUAUGUUAUGUUUUGUAGUACCCAACCAAAUCAAAUACAAUGGAUAAUAGUUUAAAUGUGUGGGGUGGAAGCGUUACGUUACAUUACAUUGCAUUUGGCAGACGCUUUAUAGCAGGGGAAGGGAACCUAUGUCUCGAGGGCCGUUUGCGGCCCUUGAGGCCGUUUUAUCUGGCCCCCGAUAUAAUUUUAAUGUUAUGCAGUUUCACAUGAAAUAUGACAUAUUUUGUAAAGGAAUCUUAGAAAAUAAAUUUGCAAUACAAUUAAGUUAUAUUCAGGGGACCUAGAGAGGUUAGGGUCUGUUGUAAAGGUGGCUGCCUUCAAUAUAGGCCUAAAGUGCAAGGGGGAAAUCCUGGUUUGUGUUCAUAAUACGGCCCUUGGAGGACUUUUACGGCCCUCUGAAUUUGAAGUGGCCCUUCGAAUGAAAAAAGUUCCCCACCCCUGCUUUAUAGCCAAAGCAUCACCUUGUUGUUGUGAUGUGACCAAAGUAAAAUGCUUAGGAAACAGAUCAAUUCAGUGUGUGUGUGUGUGUGUGUGUUGUACUGCUAUUACUUUAUGUGCACACUCUCUGUCAGGCUGUCUGAUGCAUAUUUAGUGUGAAUUGAUCAGAAUAUCACUCCUACUUCACUCCAUGACAUGAAACGCACAAAUUAAGUUACACCUGUGUUUUUCAAUAACCAGUGUCUAUUCAGUUACUGCCUUUUCUAUUGGGCUGCACAUUAAAGUCUUGAAAUGGGUCAGUGGGGGUCAUUGUGCCUCUCUCUCUCUCUCUCUCUCUCUGCGCAUUUUUUUGUGCACUCCUGCACUCCCUUUGUUUGUACCCUGUAUUUUACCUUUGUUUUGUUUGAUGUUGUUAUUCCCUUAUGUGUUUUAUUGUGCUGCAACCUCCCUGUCUCUGAGACAAAUUUCUCCUUAGUGGAGACGAUUAAAGAAACCUAAUCUAACCUAA